GAUACCGCCACCAACCCGAGUUCGGCGGGCGGUUGGCCGUCUGCGCGCGCGUCGCCAGUGCUACCGGGCCGAGUACGACGCGCACACGUCGUGACACACACACAAGCAAACAUGAGGAGUAGUGUACAGUUCGCGGUUUUAUUCGCCUGCGUGGCUUACGCCAGCGCCGGUAUCCUGUUGGAGCACGCACCCGCGUGUCCAGAGCAGUAUGGAGUUCAGGCGUACGCACACCCAGAGCUCUGCGACCAGUUCUUCCUGUGCACCAACGGCACCCUGACUGUGGAGACCUGUGAGAAUGGCCUGCUGUUCGACGGCAAGGGCGCCGUGCACAACCACUGCAACUACCACUGGGCUGUCGACUGUGGCAACAGGAAAGCUGAUUUGACUCCUCUAUCGACUCCCGGCUGCGAGUACCAGUUCGGCAUCUACCCUGACAGCAGCGAGUGCUCCACCAGCUACAUCAAGUGCGCCUACGGUAUCCCCCAGCAGGAGCCCUGCACCCCUGGCCUGGUCUACGACGAGCGCAUCCACGGCUGCAACUGGCCUGAUCUCCUCCAGCCUUUCUGCAACCCUGAAGCUGUCGUCGGCUUCAAAUGCCCAACGAAAGUGCCAGCGAACUCACAGGCCGCCAAAUUCUGGCCUUUCCCUCGCUUCCCUGUUCCUGGAGACUGCCACAGGCUCAUCACAUGUGUGGAAGGCCACCCUCGUCUCAUCAGCUGCGGAGAAGACAAGGUCUUUGAUGACCAGAGCCUGACCUGCGAAGACCCAGAACUUGUCCCUCACUGCGGUCACGCGUGAGAGGAUUCAAGCAACUUUGUAUCAUAAGACGAAAACGAUAGGGAUGAAAAUUGGAUAAAAGUGGGUUGGAGUAUUGGUUAUAUAAAAAAAAUAUAAUUAAUAUUACUUAGUACGUAAAAUGUUUUAGGGACUGAGUAAUAUUAGUUGUUUAUCGUCAAGUCAAAACUUGUAAAUAAUAACUGUUGACCAUGUCUUAAAAUUUCGUACCAUUUCAGUUUUGCCAUUGAUCUACGUAAUUAGUACGUACAAUCAACAAAACUGUUUCAUGCAUAAAAACACACACAUUUCUGAACUCAAACAAUAGCUACGUAACUUUUGAUCAAGUCAAACCCAUUAUGAAGCACUGUUGUCGAUUGUACUUUACUCUCAGUAGCAUUAGACACACGAACAGACCAACAAACGUUUUCGUUUUGUGAUACACUAUUUUUAUAUUAAUUUAAUGUCACAGAAUGAUUGGAAAUAUGUUUCCACCGAGUGCUAUUUAUUCCUUAAACCUAAACUCAGUGUGAUCCAGUAUAAACACGUUAAAAACGAACGAUUUGCCAAAAACAGUUGAUUCGUGAGUGAUAUUAGUUACCAUAGACAAUAGAAUCGUCAAAUUUAUGUAUUUUUUUCAUGUAGAGUUUUUUUUUCUGUAAAUAUUAAUGCUGAUGAAAUAGUGGAAAUGUAAAUAGAAAGUUAUGUGAGAAGAGAAAUAUAUUUAAUUAAUUAAA